ACAAGAACCACAAGGAUAGUCACUGAAAUGAAACACACAAGCAUAUAAUACAAAACAUACCCUUCCAAGAUCACAACCCCCCCCCCUCUCUCUCCUCACCGGAAUUCAGGUCGGCAAAGAUGGCAACCAUUACGGCGCAAGCAUCCACCGCUGUCUUCCGGCCACGUGCCGCCAAAUCCCAGUUCCUUACCGGUUCUUCCGGCAAGCUCAACAGAGAAAUUUCACUUAAAUCAAAAUCUUCAUCACCAAGAUCAUUCAAAGUUGAAGCCAAAGGUGAAUGGUUACCGGGAUUGCCCUCACCAGACUACCUUAAUGGCAGUCUCCCUGGUGACAAUGGAUUUGAUCCUCUAGGCCUUGCAGAGGACCCUGAGAACCUAAAAUGGUACAUCCAAGCCGAGCUUGUGAACAGCCGGUGGGCCAUGUUAGGGGUCACCGGAAUGCUGCUGCCAGAAGUUUUCUCAACUAUCGGAAUAAUCAAUGUCCCCAAAUGGUACGAUGCAGGAAAAGCCGAGUACUUCGCGUCAUCGUCAACUCUGUUCGUGAUCGAGUUCAUCUUGUUCCACUACGUUGAGAUCCGACGAUGGCAGGACAUCAAGAACCCAGGAAGUGUCAACCAAGAUCCUAUCUUCAAGAACUAUAGCUUGCCUCCCGGUGAGGUUGGGUACCCUGGUGGCAUUUUCAAUCCCCUGAAUUUUGCACCCACCCAGGAGGCCAAGGAGAAGGAGCUUGCCAACGGGAGAUUGGCAAUGUUGGCAUUCUUGGGAUUCAUCGUUCAGCACAAUGUGACCGGAAAAGGGCCAUUCGACAACCUCUUGCAGCAUCUCUCCGACCCAUGGCACAACACAAUUAUUCAGACAUUCCAGGGUUACUAAAUCGAUAAGAAGCUAAAGGAAGAUCUUGUAUCGUCUAUCAUGUAUCCGUGAAUGAAAUGGUUUUUGAGUGAGAUUCAUGCUUCGUUGUAAAACAAUGAACCUUCAAUGUACAGUGGAACUAAGAUGGAACUAUGGCAUUAUCGUUUAUACUAAAGCGAUAUUAAUUUCAAA